AUGUCCCUUCUCAAAAUCCCACUCAUUCUUUCGUCUGCUGUCGCUGUGCACGUGGCGCUCACUCCUCCACACGCCCCAUCGAAGAGCGAGGUCGUCCAUGAUACCUUUAAUGAGUGGGUCAUCAUUCAGCACGUUAGAUACGGGCUCCCGAUCUCAAAGAUAGUUUACUGGGGUAUUUCUUUGGCAGAAAUAGCUCUCAUCGUGUCUCGUAUGACGGACCUCAAAACACUUCCUAGCGACGUGCCAAUCACGCGUCCUUUCAUUCUCGGCACCGCACUUGUUGCUUCAGCGGGAUACCUCCGCUGGUCGUGUUUUCGAACCCUUGGUCAUUUCUUCACAUUCGAGCUUACUGCUCGCAAGGGUCACCAGCUUGUCACGAGUGGACCAUAUUCGAUCGUACGCCAUCCCUCCUACGCAGCUGCUAUUCUGCAGUAUAUCGGUGUAACGGUCUUGCACGGAUCUGCGACUUCGUGGGUUAGACAAUCAGGGGUCUUAGAUCUCCCUGGAGUGAAACUGGUUCUCCUGGCAUGGUUGUUGGAGAGAACGAUUACGGUGACAAGCCUCGUGCGCAGGAUCAAUCAAGAGGAGGAGGUCGUGAAGUCAAUGUUCGGAGACGAAUGGCAGAGGUGGGCAAAUGCGGUUAGAUACCGCAUCAUACCCGGCAUCUACUAA